AUGGAUGAAGAAUUAGAUUAUAUGUCAGAUGACUUUUUAGCAAGCUGCACGAAAGGUGCAAAUGAUGUACGUCCUGGACUUUUAAAUAAUCGUAGAGAAUUAAGAGAACACGAAUUGAUAAAGAAAAAACAAUUAGCAAUGAUAGAAAAGAAAAAACCUAUUCAGGUUUAUCAAACUGAAGUUUUAGAAGAAGGUCUUAAACAGCCAAUAAAUUCAUCUAAUAAAGGAUUUUCAAUGCUUCAAAAAAUGGGAUUUAAAAGUGGUAUGGGUUUGGGUAAAAAUAAUGAUGGAAUGAUUGAACCCAUAAGUCUUAAUGUAAAAAACAAUAAACAGGGUUUGGGUCAUAAAAUUAAGAAUCAAACAUUGUUAAAAAAAAAAACUGAAAAUAAAUUAGAUGAAAUAAAUGAGAAAGAUUUCACAAUGUUUCUUUCGAAAAAAAAUAAGGAAAAAAAAACUACGAGUGAUUUGAGAAAAAGUCAAAGAGUAUGUAAAGAGUUAGAUAUUAAGACGAACAAAACUGAACCUGAAACUUUUUGGUUUUGGCCAAAAGAAGAUAGUUUAGAUAAAUCAGAGGCGAGUGUAAACAAUGAUGAAGAAAAUAUAUCAUGUAUUGAAAAUAGUGAGGAUAUUGAUAAUGAAGAAGAAAUAACUGAUGAAGAAAAAUUAGAAUUAAUAACAAAAUAUUUAAGAGAAACAUAUUAUUAUUGUAUUUGGUGUUCAGUUCAGUAUUACGAUGAGAAAGACUUAGAAGAAUGUCCUGGUUCGACAAGGGAUGAUCAUUAA